UUGACGUUUCUUUUCAUUCUUCAAUGGCGACGAGAUUUUUGUAAAUGUACUGAACGUUCGUAACAUAUACAUUUAAUUAUAUGACUUCAUUGGUACAAUAUAUAAAUUAAAAUGGAACUAAGCCGCACAACAUUAGGUUUCGCAGCUGGAAUAGCUGGUACCCUCUUCUUAGGGUAUUGUGUGUAUUUUGAUCAACAACGUCGUAAAGACCCGCUGUACAAAAAAAAAUUGAAGGAGCGUAGGCAAAAGGCACAACAAAAUUCAAGCAGAUCAGCACGCACAAUGGGUGGACCUUUGCCUGAUAUGAAUGAUCAUGAAGCCAUGCAGAGAUUCUUCCUGCAACAGAUCCAACUGGGAGAAGAAUUGUUGGCAGCUGGUGAUCUAGAGACUGGUGUGGAGCAUCUAGGACAGGCGGUGGCUGUAUGUGGACAGACACAACAAUUACUAAGUGUGCUUCAACAAACAAUGCCACCACACAUAUUCCACCUACUCCUCAAGAAGUUGCCAGAGAUAUCUGACCGCCUUCGCUCUUCAAUGAGAGGUGCAACCUUACAAGAAGAGGACGUUGAAUAAAUUAGUGGUGACAUGGUACAGGAACAUAUGGUAUGCUGGACAAAGUAAUUCUGAAAUACUAAUAUUUUUGACAACUUCCUACAAAAUUGUUCAUG